GUAACGCCCUCUGGGGCGCUGCCACACCCAGUCUGUCCUUCAUAGGCAAAGCUGACUCAUAAUAAACUGAAACAGGACACCAGACGAGCUUUCUCGGUCCGGAGACAAACUGUCCGCAAAUACCGGCCGUCUCACGCUAUCAGGCUCGGAAUAAAACUACCUAAAAGCCGCUAAGAAAAACUCCAUUACAGCCAACAUGAAGCUCUGUUUCAGGAUUGUUUUCCUCCUUCUUCUUGUUGCUGGGACGUUAGCACAAGACUUGUUUGACCUAUCUGAUGCCCUCGAUAAUGCGGCUCCAACACCUCCAAAACCCAAAGAGCAACCAAAGGCACCAGAGGAGCCGAAAAAUGAAGAUGAGCCAAAACUUGAAGCAACCAAGAAACCGCACUCCGGAGAUUCCGAUGGCUUUGGAUUCAAUCUGGAGGACGCUUUCGGACCAGAUCCCAACCCCAAAACUGACAAACCUGCUGUCAAACCACCAAGCGGUGGAGGAGGAGGUGGAUCAUUUGACGACUCAGACUUGUUUGACAUUGGUGGUGGAGACUACAAGCCUGACAAAGGCCAGGGAGGACGUCGUCCAGUGGACCCCAACUACGAUAAUCAGGGUGGUGCUGAUCAGCCUCCAGCUGAAGCUGGGUCUGGACAGAUUGCAGGAAUCGCCAGUGCCAUAGGAGUUGCUCUGCUGGGAGCAGCGUCCAGUUACUUUGCUUACCAGAAGAAGAAACUGUGCUUUAAGCUACAGGGAGGGGCAGAUCCAGAGAGCGGCAAAGGCCACCAUGGUACUAACUCGGAUCCUCAAGUUUUCAGCAACCUGCUCCGUACAAACUAGAUGACCUCUUCACUGUUGCAACGAGAACUUUGUUCAACUUACAAUCAAGUGGAUCAUUUGGUUCACACAAUGAGACUUUGUGCAGUUGAAACCAUGAACACAAAUUGAACCAGACUUUAAAACUGAAAACACAACUAGUCGUCUAUCAUUUAUUUUUUCAUACACUUUGAACAAAAUCAACUUGUCAGAGCAGGUGCGUGAUGAUUUAAACAUUGCGGUUUUGUGUUUGUGUGCUUUGGCUGUGUAACUACUGCAUACAUGAGUACAAUAGGUUGUCUUUCUUUACGUCUUGCUCUAUAGUAAUACACGUGUUUAAUUUAACAUACAUGUUUGGGGUCAUACAACUGAAAUAAGGCAUCUUUUCUGUAAUGUAAUUUAAAGCUUUGAAUACGGAUUGAAGAAGGAUCAAACAAACUAUAAAUAUUUUAAUUUGUUGGCCUCUGAAAGGAUGUAGAAUAUUACCUUUAGCACCUUCACUGUUAACGUUUGGUUUGCCCACAUAGCAAAGAAAAAAUAAAAAAAUUCUCCAAUAAAAUUAGAUUUUUAAAUAAUGUCAUGCCAUACUGACCACUCUGCUACAAUGUGUCACCAUCAAAUUUACUCAGAGCUUCCUGCCGGUAUUUCAAAUUCAAAGCCUGCCAGGAACAGAGUAAAUCCUUUUAGCUUCUGGAAGGCUUUUAAUGUGAAAAGUAUGUCAGGAGCAAAUAUCUACAAGUUGGAUGUUAUGUCACAAGUUAGCUCAUGGACUACUGUUUUGAAGCCGUAAGUUUGGAAUUUAGUCACCACCAUCUUAAGCCGCGUGUCCACUGGAUGUGAUUUUCACGCACAGCAACGCACCACAUCUGAAAAUCGCAUGGAUGGCGAGUGGACCACAACAUUGUCAUUGGCUGCUACGUGGUCAUGUGACCAAGCUUUCAGCUUGACGGUCUGGCUCGGCUGCAAACUUUCCCUUUUAUUUCGAAAACACUUCAGUGAAAAGUGUUUCUGAAAGCAUUUGAGGUGAGAAAUAAGCUGUGCAGCAGCUGAAUCUGUCCUCGUUUUAGUUCACGACGGCUGGUUUAGAUGUUUGAGGACAGCUUCACGAUGCGUGGAAUCUCCGCACCCCGCAUCGAAUUUGCAUAAAGUAGAAGUCCAGUCUAUUUUAUGCAAAUAAGCUGCAGCUCUCUCCAAGUAAACCCACUGGAUCAUAGGUAAAACCGCACCGCAGCCGGGCCAGCGUGCUACAUGCAUGGCAUUUCCAGCUGCGAUCUGGUGUGUUUACCCUCUGCGGGCCGCAGCUUAUUUGCAUAAAGUACACUGGACUCCGGCGUGCGGACAUUCCACGCAUCGUGAAACUGUCCUCAAACAUCUAAACUAGCUGUCGGUGAAAUAAAACGAGGACAGAUUCAGCUACUGCACAACUUAUUUCUCGCCUUAAAUGCUUUCAGAAAUACUUUUCGCUGAAGUGUUUGCGCCCCCUGCUGGCUGUUAGAAAGAAUGCAGGUUUAAGACACUUAAAAAUUAGCUUCACUUUUCAGCAUCUUUUCUAUACAGUCUAUGUUCAGGAAGCUUUGGAUUUCACAGGCUGAAGCUUAACGGUAAUUUCAAAAAGGACAAUUAGAAGGAAUUAGUGAAGCAAAACUUGCCUAGAGCAGACAAACAUGCAGCAGAGCAUGAGUAUGACAUGAAUUCAACAUUUUUCUAAGCAUGUUAAAAUACAAGUCUCUCGAUGUCUGUUGAUGUAACAGUUUCGAAUUUAAAUUACAUCAAAGCACAAAUGUGUCUCAGUGUCAUCGUCAUGUAACUGGAUAUGAAUCCAGCAGAAGGAGCUUUGUAAUAUAAAAUGCUGAUUAUUAUGUGACUAGAUGGUUUUUAUGAAACAUAAAGGACUACAUGUGUACGUCCAAUAAAUGUACACAGUUUAGUGACGUGUAUUUGUGUGUGAGAUUGUUGAGGAUCUUUUGUACCACAUCUAAACAUGUAACAUCCGCUGUUUGUCGUUAUGUUGGAGCUUCAUCCUAAGUUGGUGCACUGCAAAAAAAUGUUUUUGUCUAUCAUUUACGCCCUUAAAAUCUUAUUUUUAAAACUUUUACAGUGUGUCACAUGUGUAAUGUGAACAAUCAGAGAAUCUUUAGGCUCAUUGUUGUAAUUUUACUACGCACAAACAGCUAGAAAGCCCUAUGUUUGUCUCAGGAGUGAAUUUUUUUAGCUUGACACAAGCAUUACUCCAGCUGGACACUCAUGUUGCUCGAUGGUUAAAACGUCAGCAUUUUUCAAUGCUGGUUAAAUGCUGUUUAUACUGCCCUCUAGAGGCCAAAAAGCAAUCAAUGCAGCUUUCAGACAAGUGAUUCUGGAAAAUGCUUACAACAAAAUGAAUUUUCCUAGAAGCAAAUUAUUUCACAACACUGACAUUAGUAUAUGUUUCUACUGCAGAAAAUAAGGUUUUAAAGGUGAAAAUUAUCAGAAAAGAUGUGGAGUUUUGGCAGGUUGUGUCAGUUUUAUUACCCAGCUUCUUUUCUUUACACACUUUUGUCUACAGCUAUUUUUUUUUCAUCUGAUUUUGCAAAGUGUCAUCAGUUUAUUUGUGUCAUAAAUGAGCAAACGAGGUAGCAUCAAAUCAGAGCUGUUUCACAUCAGGGGAUUCUGGUUGGAAAAUGAUGUUAAACAUUGUUGCAUCCUUGUGAGCUGUAAAUACUUGAGUAUAAUGUGUAUAGAUGCCUGCUAACCUUAGCAGUAAGCCUGAUGCUUUUGAGCUUUUUCAGUAUCGACAAUCACAAUCUCUGUUUGAAGUGUAUUUUGCGGGAGAUUUUUAUAUUCAAACUCGUUUCAGUUUUACAAGCAUCAUGGAGGUCUGUUACGUCUGAUGAUUCAAUGAAUGUUACUUUUGUGAGUGGCCUUAAAGUGUGUACAUGUUUUCAAUAAAGAGAUGUUGUACAGUU